UUAAAAAUUAAUAAAUGGUUUAAUAAAAAAAUAAAAAAAAAAUCAUACUCUAGUUAAUUAAAAAUUUCAAGCUUGGCUUGACUAAAAGCUUAACAUUUGUAGCUAUUAAAAUAAUUACUCUGAUAAUUACUGUAUAUAAAAUUGUUGAAAGGCGCUAUUAAUCGAUCAUGUCACAAUCCAAGUAACCUUCAGAAAAAUCAAAAAUGAAAUCUCAACUUCCCAAACAAUGAAUCAAAUGCAAUCAACUAUCAAAUUAAACCCAGAAUCAAGCACCCUCUUUCUCUCUUUACACUCCAAGCUUCCAACAAUGGCGGUUUCAACAUCACACUACUCUCCUCUACAGGACCGAUGUUACAACCCAGAUACACAACCAGAAACCCCAACUCUUCCAUUACACUUUUCUCUCCGACGUAUAGAACUCUUCCUUAGAUUUCUGGGUUUCAUCCAUGAUUCCCGCUUUUCACUUUCUCUCUCCUCCCUCUCUUUCCUAUUUUUCGGUGUUGGCGCUCCUUCUCUUGUCAUCAUCUUCUUCUACUGCGGCUCUUCCGAUGUUGCCGCAUGCCGGAAAUAUCAUGUCAAAAGUUUUGAGCUGGAGACGCUGUUUUUUCAGGCUACUGCUGCUGCGGUCUCGUUGCUUUGUUUUUUGCGGAGUUUUAGAAAAUAUGGGCUCAGGAUUUUUCUUUUUGUUGAUAAGUAUCAUGAAAUUGGUGAUGAAUUUCAUUUUGAGUAUAUCCCCAAAAUCAAUGACUUCUUUCGCUCGCUGGCUGUAUGGGUAUUGCCAUGCGUUAUCUUGAAGAUGGCACGGGAGGUUGUUAGGGUUAUAUAUGUCCACAAUGAUUCACUGGUGCAAUCUAUGAUGGUUGUGUGUGUUUUGCUUGUUUCCUGGACUUAUACUGCUACAGUGUACCUGACUGGAAGCACCUUGUUCAGUUUGGUCUGCAGUUUACAAGUUAUACACUUUGAGAACUACAAGAAGCUUUUGGAAAGGAAUUUGGAUGUUUUAGUAUAUAUUGAAGAGCACAGUCGUCUUACAUUUAAUCUGUCCAAAAUAAGUCACAGAUUCCGAAUUUUCCUUAUAUUGGAGUUCUUGAUUGUAACUGCUAGUCAAGUUGUGACUCUGCUUGAAACGACAGGGAACAGUGGGACCAUCAAUUUCAUAAAUGCUGCGGAUUUUGCAAUCUCCUCCAUUGUUCAGGUAGUCGGAAUAAUUAUUUGUCUUCAUGCUGCUGCAAAAAUAUCGCAUAGAGCUGAAAGCCUGGCAUCAUUUGCUAGCAGAUGGCAUGCACUACUAACAUGUCAUUCAAAUGAGACUCUCAGGGCAUCAGAAAAUGGUGGGAACUUUAAUUUUGCUGGUUCAGCAAUUGCAUCAAUGAACUACCCAGAGAGUGACAUGGAGUCUGUUGACUACAUGUUACCAUCUAUGAAUGUAGAAUUGAAUCCAAAGGUGUCUUCAUAUCUCAAAAGACAAGCAUUUGUCAUGUAUAUGCAGGCCAACCCUGGUGGAGUGACCAUUUUUGGAUGGACAGUGAAUAGGGCAUUCAUGGAUACAAUAUUCUGUGUUGAACUCACUAUGGUUACUUUUGUUCUUGGCAAGACAUUAACAUUUACAACAAACAACACUUGAAGAAGCCUGAUACAUGAGUGCACAAUACAUAUUAAUUUGCCUCUUAAAUGAGGCACGGACGGCUGACUGAUGGAAAAGUGGUAACUGCACAAGGAUCACUAAGAUGGAAAGCAGUGUCCUUAGAAGGUCUUGGAUAUGGGAAUUAAGAAUAACCAUUUGGCUCGUUGCUUUGUUUGGAGCUUAUUGCUUAGCUGGAAAAUAAAUCUCUUUACCUAUCAGCAUAUUUACAGGUACUUGCUGAAAUGGUAGCUGGUAGUUAUGACCUCUUCUGUCGCAGCAAGAAACCUGGAAUGGUAGCUGGUAGCUAUGGCCUCUUUUGUCGCAGAAAGAAACCUGUGUUGAUGGCAAACUUUGUUGCCAACUAGGGUGGCUAUACUGAUACCAACGCUUACUUUAUUUUUCCACUACCUGGGUUCUAUUUUACUCACAUGAUGACCAAAAGGAACAACCCGCAGCCCCAGUCAACAGUAGAAUACAAGCUGAGCGAUUACAUUUAUUUAUUGAGGCAUUUUGGAGCAAACAAUUACUUGUAUAUUUGUAGCAACUAGACUGUAUCUUCGCCAUCCAAUUUGUCUGUAGUGUGACAGAUGACUAAGAUGCGCGAUUAUAUAGAAAACUGAGGCUAAGGUUAAUAUCUUACGAUAGGUUUGGAAGCCAAUUUACAUAUUGGUCCAUCUGGUGUACAAAAUUUGUAAACUAUAAUUUGUAAUCUUACUGUUUUGCAAUGUAUACGAAGCUAGCCUCAUAGCACUAGGGUUAACUUUUAGGAAAGUAUGUAACUACGUACUUCUAUUUUUUAUACUAUUUACAUACUCUUGUUUAA